GUAAUAUUUUUAACUUCUAACUGUAAUCUAGGUAUGAAGAUGCAAUAUUGAUUAAACCAAGGGGACUAUAAAUAAACAUGUAUUCAACCCAUAUAGAGCAUGCCAACUAGUAUUACUCUCAAUUUCGAUAAAGAAAAGCAGAGAAAAACAGUUCCACAGAUCUUCACUUUAUAGUUAAACUCACCACCCCCAACACCACUCUCUAGUCUCUCAAUGGAGUUUUUAAUGAAAAUAUGUCUCCUAUUUCUUUGUAGCCUCAUUUCCUACUUCUGUAAUAUGGUUUUUCAGAAGAGAAACCAAUAUUGCUAUAUGUUGGGGUAUGAGUGUUACAAGGCUGCUGAUGACAGAAAGCUCGACACUGAAGCCUGUGUAAAAGUUGUGAUGAGGAACAAGAGUCUUGGUCUAGAACAAUACAGGUUUCUUUUAAAGACCAUUGUCAGUUCAGGCCUUGGUGAAGAAACUUACGGUCCUAGAAAUGUCAUUGAAGGUAGAGAAGAGUUUCCUUCUGAAAAAGAUGAAUAUUCGGAGAUGGAUGAGGUUAUGUUUGAUACUCUUGACACACUCUUUGCUAAAACAGGAGUGUCUCCGUCUGAAAUCGACAUACUCGUCGUUGAUGUAUCGUUGUUUUCUCCAGCACCAUCGUUAACAGCUCGGAUUAUUAACAGAUACAAGAUGAGGGAUAACAUCAAGUCCUUCAACCUCUCUGGAAUGGGAUGUAGUGCGAGUAUGGUAGCCAUUGACCUUGUGCAGCGCUUGUUCAAGACUUACAAGAAUCAAUUUGCAAUUGUUGUGAGCACAGAAUCGAUAAGUUCGCAUUGGUAUUGUGGAAAAGAAAAGUCCAUGAUGUUAUCUAAUUGCCUAUUUCGCUCUGGAGGGUCUUCCAUUCUCUUGACAAACAAAAGAGCUUUGAAAGAACGAGCCAUCUUCAAGUUGAACUGUGCAGUACGAACCAAUAUUGGCUAUGAUGAUGAAGCAUAUGGAUGUUGCAUACAACUUGAAGAUGAACAAGGGUACCAGGGUUUUCUGCUUACUAAAAGCUUGACAAAAGCCGCUGCUAAAGCUUUUACCGGCAAUCUCAAAAUCCUAUUGCCCAAAAUACUACCAAUGACAGAACUACUUCGAUAUGCAAUAUCAACUCUUGGAAGAAGAAUGAUCAAGAGAAAAACUCCUGAUGCAGCCAGAUCUUUGAGUUUCAGUUUCAAUCUCAAGUCUGGGAUUGCUCACUUCUGUCUCCAUCCUGGUGGAAGGGCAGUCAUUGAUGGACUUGGUAAGAGUUUGGCGCUUAGUGAAUAUGAUCUCGAGCCUACUAGAAUGGCACUUUAUCGAUUCGGAAAUACAUCAGCUGGUGGCCUAUGGUAUGUUUUGAGUUACAUGGAAGCUAAGAAGAGGCUCAAGAAAGGUGACAAGAUUCUGAUGAUUAGCCUUGGAGCAGGUUUCAUGUGCAACAAUUGUGUGUGGGAGGUAAUGAAGGAUGAUUUGAAGGAUACAAGAGUGUGGGAAGAUUGCAUAGAUCAUUACCCCAGAAAAAACCUGGUCAAUCCAUUCGCAGAGAAGUAUAGCUGGAUCAAUGAUGAGUGUCUAAACUUUGUCAGGCUUGAUAAUUAAAUGUAUUUUCUAUAUCCCCAUUUAGCCAUAUAUAAGCUGCAUGAAGCAUUUCAUCUUUUCUUUCAGGAAUUAAGAAGAAGUUACUGUUAAUUGUUGUUAGGACAUUUCACCAGGAAAGUCAUGAAAGAUAUGCUGGUGCUAAUAAAUUCAUGUUAGAUUUUUUACCUUAGUACUAUUCUAUGGUAGAUCUAUUAUUAUACCAAAUCCUACUAGAACAUUUAUACUUGUAUUCCCCAAAAAUGAAAUGUUUGUACUCAUGAUAAUUUUUAAAUAAAAAAUAAUAU